AUGCAUUGUUACGCAACAGUUGUCGCGCUUCUGGGCGCGCAGAUCGCUAGUGCCCUUCCUCAAUCACAAUGGAAAGCCUUGUCGGGAGACGAAGUGGUUCGCGCUGCUGUCGCGUUUCAUCAGCCUAAGCUUGCGGAAGCUGAAGCUUUACUGAUGGAUAUCUCGGAUCCCAAUUCAGAGAAGUUUGGGCACUAUCUUGAGCUCAGGGAAGUCCAAGACUUGUUCAAACCGAGAGACAGUUCACAGAAAAAUGUCCUGCAAUGGCUCGAAGAUGCAGGAAUUGACUUGUCUUCUGUGCAUCUUAAGAAGGCAGCUGCUGUUCUAGAGUUCUCUGCUCCAGUCAAGAAGCUUGGAAAAAUGCUCGGAGCUGGCGUCCAUGUUAUGCACAACGAUGCGACUGGUGAACUUCGUCUCGAACCUGCCGACCACGCAGUUCCAUCUGCAAUUGAAGACGAUGUUGAGUUUAUUACUUUGGCUCAAUCUCAAAAGACUGGCAAGACCAAGCGCAGCCGUGCAGUCAAGCCUGUUCUCGAUACCCUGCCACCUCCAUACAAACUCCCAGUUGCAGAUGAUCUGCGCAACUGCAGCGAAAGCUGGACUCCAGCUUGUAUCCGAAAGCUCUAUGGCAUUCCUCUUGGAACCAAGGCCGCGAAGAAUAACUCCAUGGGUCUGUUCGGAUACGGCGACCCUUAUCAACCUGCUGAUCUCAAUCAAUUCUGGGCAAAGCACGCUCCCUUCAUUCCCAAGGGAACAAAACCUAAGGUCAAUAGCAUCAACGGCGCCGAAGCAGAAGGUGUGCCCAUCGAAGGCGAAGAGUUACUCGACAUCGAAAUGUCAUAUCCCAUUGUUUACCCCCAGACCGUCACAAUGUUCCAAACCCCUUAUAACAACAAGGGAGGUCUUGCAAAUGACUUCCUCGACGCUGUUGAUGCAAGCUACUGCAAGUAUGACGGCGGUGAUGAUCCUGAUCUUGAUCCCACGUUCCCCGUCUUUGGUGGCUUCCAGGGCCCUGCUAUGUGCGGCAAGUACAAGGUUACAAACGUCGUUUCGAUCUCUUUCGCGAUUGACGAGCAGACUCUCCCUCGUCGUUAUAUCCAGCGCCAGUGUCACGAGUGGAUGAAGUUGGCCCUCAGCGGUGUUAGCGUUCUUGUAGCUUCUGGAGAUCGUGGAGUGCAAGGCGCUACGCAAUGUACUGUGAACCCUUACGAUGCAAAGAAGGAAGCUUUCAACAGUCUCUUCCCAGGGUCUUGUCCGUACGUCACCGCAGUUGGAGCGACACAGGUCAACUUCACUGGCAGCAGAACCAACGAGGUUGCCGUCUUCGAUCCCAAGCAUAACUUCUACUCUGGAGGUGGUUUCAGUAACAUGAAUGCACAGCCAGCCUACCAGCGCAAGGCUGUCGCUGAUUAUCUCGCUGCCAACAACCCUCACUACCCCAAGGGAACGUACAACAUUUCCGGACGCGCCAUUCCUGAUGUUGCGCUUCUGGGAGCAAAUGUUACUUUCCUCCAAGACGGCAAGACUACAAUUAGUGGAGGAACAAGCGCUGCUACACCAAUGUUCGCUGCCAUGAUUAACAGAAUCAAUGAUGAGCGAUUGCUGGCGGGGAAGAAACCAAUUGGGUUCUUGAACCAGAUUUUAUAUCAGCAUCCUGAAGUCUUUACUGAUAUCACCCAAGGUUCCAACCCUGGCUGCGACACGGCGGGGUUCAAGGCGGCCAAGGGAUGGGAUCCGGUCUCGGGAAUGGGCUCACCCAAGUACCCGAAGCUUCGUGACCUGUUAGUCAGCCUUCCUUAA